AUGCUGGCAGCUGAUGCAGUAAUUGCAGAGUUGAAGAAACAAUCCAAGCCUGGUCCAACACCUGAAGAAAUUGCUCAGGUUGCUACCAUAUCUGUAAAUGGUGAUCAGGAAAUUGGCAAGAUAAAUUCAGAUGCCAUGAAAAAAGUUGGCCGUAAAGGAGUAAUAACAGUUAAGGAUGGUAAAACUGUUCAUGAUGAGUUGGAGAUAAUUGAAGGGAUGAAAUUUGACAGAGGAUACAUAUCACCGUACUUCAUUAAUACUACUAAAGGCCAGAAAUGUGAAUUUCAAGAUGCAUAUCUCUUGCUCAGUGAAAAGAAGAUUUCCAGUAUUCAGUCUAUUGUGCCUGCUCUAGAACUUGCCAAUGCUCAUUGUAAACCCUUGGUUAUAAUUGCUGAAGAUGUUGAUGGGGAGGCUUUAAGUACACUGGUUUUAAACAGGUUAAAAGUUAGUCUUCAAGUUGUUGCUGUGAAAGCUCCAGGUUUUUUAGAUAACUGAAAGAACCAGCUGAAGGAUUUGGCCAUUGCAUCUGGUGGAGUUGAUUUUGGAGAAGAAGGAUUAACGUUAAAUAUCGAAGACAUUCAAGUUCACGACUUUGAUAAAGUGGGAGAAGUUAUUGUAACUAAAGAUGAUACUAUGCUAUUGAAAGGCAAGGGUGACAAAGCACAGAUUGAAAAACGUUUUCAAUAAAUUCUUGAGCAGUUGGAAUCCACAAACAGUAAAUGUGAAAGAAAAAUUUAAUGAGAGACUAGCUAAGCUUUCUGAUGGUGUUGCUGUCAUCAAGGAUGGUUGCACUAGUGAUGUUGAAGUAAAUGAAAAGAAAGACUGUGUAAUGGACACAUUGAAUGCAAAACGAGCAGCUGUAGAAGAAGGAAUUGUUCUUGGUGGUGUAUGUGCAUUACUUAGAUGUAUUCCCGCUUUGAAUUCUCUUUCUCCAGCCAAUGAUGAUCAGAAAAUAGGAAUUGAAAUUGUGAGACGAACUCUUAAGAUCCCUGAAAUGACCAUAGCCAAUAAUGCAGGCGUUGAAGGGUCACUGAUUGUAGAAAAAAAUCUUACAGAGCCCAUCAGAAAUUGGAUAUGAUGCAAUGCAAUCUGAAUUUGUAAAAAUGGUGGAGAAAGGAAUUAUUGACCCCACAAAGGUCGUACGUACCGCUUUAAUCGAUGCAGCUGGCGUGGCAUCACUCUUAACAACUGCUGAAGCAGUUGUGACAGAAAUUCCUAAGGAAGAGAAGGAUCCUGGAAUGGAAGGUAUGGGUGGAAUGGGAGGCAUGGGUGGUGGCAUGGGAGGAGGAAUGUUCUAA